CCAAAGGGGAUUCCGUAGUUCUAAGUGACGACAGUUGUUAGGCUAACAGCAGUUUUAAGUGACGGGUAUUAGCCGUUUAUGUCUGGGAACAAUUGAACAAACAAGUAGAAUAAAGACACUAAUUCAUUUUUGUUUUGUAUCUAUGCUGUAGCUAAAUUUAUGUCGCACGCUGAAGAUAAUUUCGUGUAAUUAGCUCAGCUAGCAGGCUAGUGUGCGGUAGGUAACGGUAGCUAGCUAGUUAGCUAGCUAACGACAACGUCAUAAGAAGAACAUCUAAAACAAACGCGGUGGCCAGUUGAUAAAAGGUGCCGCUGCUGUCUGUGUUUGUGAAUUAAACCACCAGCAGUGCCAGAAUGAAUAUUGCUAAAAGUGGUUAUCGCGUCUUUUCGGCAAACUCCUCCGUAGCAUGCACAGAAUUGGCCAAGAAGAUAACAGAGCGGCUGGGAGUUGAACUGGGGAAGUCGGUGGUCUUUCAGGAAUCUAACAGAGAAACUAGAGUGGAUGUGAAAGAAUCAGUUCGUGGGCAAACUAUCUUCAUCAUUCAGACCAUACCGCGAGAUGUCAACACAGCCAUCAUGGAGCUGCUGGUUAUGGCCUAUGCCCUCAAGACGUCUUGUGCAAAGAACAUCAUUGGAGUCAUUCCUUACUUCCCCUACAGCAAACAGUGCAAGAUGAGAAAGAGGGGUUCAAUAGUGAGCAAGCUGUUAGCUUCAAUGUUGGCGAAAGCAGGAUUAACACACAUCAUCACCAUGGACUUGCAUCAGAAGGAGAUCCAGGGCUUCUUCAGCUUCCCAGUGGACAACUUGCGUGCCUCCCCUUUCUUGAUUCAGUUUAUCCAAGAAGAGAUUCCCGAUUACAGAAAUGCCAUCAUUGUGGCAAAGUCCCCGUCAGCAGCUAAAAGGGCUCAGUCCUAUGCGGAACGCCUGCGUUUGGGUCUGGCUGUGAUUCACGGCGAGGCUCAGUGUUCAGAGUCCGACAUGGCUGAUGGAAGACACUCCCCACCAUGUGUACGCAACACCACAGGACACACAGGACUGGAGCUUCCUUCAGGCAAACAACAAGCUCCGUUCCCUGGCAUAGAGCUCCCAAUAAUGAUGGCCAAGGAGAAACCUCCCAUAACUGUAGUCGGAGACGUGGGAGGGAGAAUUGCCAUCAUUGUGGAUGACAUUAUAGAUGAUGUGGGAGACUUUGUUGCAGCUGCUGAGAUCCUGAAAGAGAGAGGAGCCUAUAAGAUUUAUAUCAUGGCCACACAUGGCUUGCUGUCUGCUGAUGCUCCACGCCUCAUCGAGGAAUCCGCCAUUGAUGAGGUGGUGGUGACCAACACAGUCCCCCAUGAAGUGCAGAAGCUACAGUGUCCCAAAAUCAAGACUGUGGAUGUCAGCAUGAUAUUGGCUGAGGCCAUCCGCCGCAUCCAUAAUGGAGAGUCCAUGGCCUACUUGUUCCGCAACAUCACAGUGGACGACUAAAUGGUGUCCCGAGAGGGUGAGCUGGGUGUGAUAGGGACUGAAGGCAGGUGCACGUUUUCCCUCGGCUUUAAAAACAUGCUAAUGCCAUGUUCCAUGUGUUGUGUAUAUCAGGAUUAAAUGUAUCCUAAUUCAUUGAAAGAAGUUUAAAUGGUAAGAAGUUAUUUAUCAAAAGGUGUAAAAAAAAAAAAAAAAAAAAAAUGUAUUUCUUUGGUUAAGUUAAGAAAUGCAUCUUGUUCUUAUUGAGAAAAGAUGAUAAAAUAGCCAACAAGUGACUUUCACCUUUGAUGCAUUCAGUCAUGAUUUUGAAGCCUCUCCUUCCGAUCGAUUCCAGCUUCCUCAUACAUCUAAUGACUGAGCUUCAACUGCAAAAGAGAAGAGAAGUAUUUCCCCAGUAACAGGACUUUGUGCUUUAUCAACCAUUUCCCCGACACUCACACUGGCUGGCCCUCAUGGUCACGGCUGCUCAGCACUGUGAUGCGUUUGCAUGUAAUGGGGUGUGUUGGUUCCAACCACAUAGACAACACUGGACAAGCUCCUGCUUAUUGGUGCCCAAAACUAUAUUUGUAUGCAGCUUUUUUGCACCAUUUGUGGGAAUGUUUGGAAGUUCAGUAAAAUGUCCUAUGUGACACAAUACAUUUCUUAACAUACUGUAUGUGGAAAUGAAUGGAUCAUCAAUUCCAUAAAAAUCCAAAAGGACCAUCUUUGUUGUAGCCAAUUAUCUACAAACCACGAUUACUAAACAUUACUGCCGGCAGUUUUUCAAGCAGAUCAAAGGUUUUCCUUAUGUAUUUUGUUUGUGUUUUUCUAAGCAGUCAGUGGUUUUCCUUUAUUUCAGUUUCAGCCCUUUUAUUUCACCUGCUUAGUUUUCCUUUUUGUCACUUUACAGUGUUGUUAGGCUGCUUGUGUGGUGGACUUAUGUGCUACUGUAACUUCUCCCUGUUGGAGGUUAGCAACAAUAAUCCACACAAAGUCCAUCACUUUUUUUUUUUCUUCAAUCCAAGCAGCAGCCAAGUUCUCAAUCUGCUUUUGCUAAUUUUUGCCCCUGUAAUUUAGAGUUUUGGACAGUAUGGCUCAUGUUUUUAGUGCUUUACAGCAGACAACGAUAAAGUCUUGAAACCUGUGUGUCAUACCAGCACUUUAAUGUACAAGAAAGUGGGCUUUGAAUUGAUUUAUGCUUUAGGUGCAUCACUUUAAAAUGACAAAAUUCACUAUAGUGAGCUACUUGAGUGUUUUUUUUUUGUUCUGUAGUAAAGUGACUGGAAACUGAUUGCUGCUUGGAAGAUAGGACAUGUGCACAAAAAAGGAAAACAGCUAGCAGUAGUGUGAAAUGUGUGUUUUUUUAGUAAAUUGGCGAAACACCAGUGUGGUCUUGUUUGUGUGGUAUUUCCCCAUAAAGACUUGAACAUACACACAUUUUUGUGCUCUGAGUAAAUUUCAAAGUGAUGCUUGAGAGGAAAUGAGUGUAUUACUUCUAUGCUGAUUGAGCCUUUUGCUCAGGGAAAUAUAAUUAAUAAGCCAAUGCACACUUAUCUGUUCUUGUGUUUUUGAUGGUUUGUUCCUGUUUCACAUGUUUUACAGAAAGUCUUGUCUUCCCUACAGCAGUACGGUACGCUUUUACUUUUUACCAUUUGGUUUUGUUAUGGAUUCUGGAUUUCUCCUGAUGUGCUAAUGAAUGAUUAUUUGAGAGCUAGAUUCACACGUUGAUGUGUUGGCACAACGUUGUCAGUAUCAAUUGCAGAUGCUGGGCAGGCUCAAAUUUGUCGUGUUUUUCAUCAUGUCUUCUAUGUAUUCGCUGUUCCCCUGACGUGUCUGUGAUGUUGAGGACGUAUAAUUUAGACACUAACACCCUUCUGUCUAGCUCUACGGCGUUUGUCAUUGUGUUUGAAAAUAAAACGGUUGCCUCUG